UGAUAACGGAUCCGCUUUCUCUUUCCCAUCUUCCGGCGGUCGUCGAUAGAAACCCCCUGAAGAAAAAAAAAUAACCGAGUCCCGCAAUCGACAAAUAUACCGACAGUAACGAUGUAGGCCGUGCAGGGAGACGGAGAGCCUCCGAACACGCUGACGCCGUUCAUCUCCCGCCUUGCUCAGUCAAGAUGUCUCUGGCUCAGAGGGUCUUGUUGACCUGGGUCUUCACCCUGGUCUUCCUCAUCAUGCUUGUACUCAAAUUGGAUGGGAAGGUGCAGUUGAACUGGUUCCUCAUCUUCCUGCCGGUGUGGGUCUUCGACGGCAUCCUCCUGCUCAUGCUCGUCGUCAAGAUGGCCGGUCGCUGCAAGCCGGGUUUCGACCCGCGGAACGGCUCGCCGGACCUGCGCCUGCGCGUCUGGUACCUGGCGGCCGUGCUGCUCAAACUGGCUUUCUGCCUGACGCUGUGCGCCAAGCUGGAGAAGCUGGCGGACGUGAAGGUGACGUUGGUGUGCGUCCCGCUGUGGACCGUGCUGGUGGGAGCGCUGGUCGAGCUGGGCCUCAAUAUCUUUCCUGAGAGGAGAGAAGCCUGACAGGGAUGACGGAACAAAAACUCACCUCGAGAGACAUCGAUCCUCAAAUCCCACCGAUUGUAUUCCCGCAACACUACUGUGAACGAUACGCCGACUUAUUUAUUUAUACCACACGUUUUUGGUCGCCGGUAUGUUGGGUGUCGCUACUCGGUCGUUUGCGAUUGUGCUACUUGCUCAGUUAUCGUUUUGCCCGAGGUCAAGUACUGUAUUUAAUAGGUGAGGUGACGCUACAUACGAGUCAUAAAUUAAUUGCCGUUAUUUCGCACACCGAGCCGAUGGUUUCCGAUCGUUAUCGGGAGUUUCGUGGAAAUAAAUGAUGAUUCUGGAGAAAGUC